AUGUGUAGUUGUUCCUCAUAUUUUAACGGUGCAGCAGUGAUUUCCAGGUCAUUUUUAUGUUUUAUGGAUGAAUACGCCACACCCACUGGUGAUUCAGCGCUUGAUCUUUCUGUCCUUCCUGAAUAUGAUCAUUCCUCGGCUGAUAUCUCUCAGUUCCCUCCCUCCCAUGUAAUUAUGCUACCUGCUAGCGCCAUAACCAUAUCAGGUUCCGAUAACAUUCCUUUUUACAUAUCGUCUUCCGGUCAGUUGAUUCUUGCGAAUACGACUGUUGAACGUGUAAAUGAGGGCCUUGUUUUUAAACAAGCUCCAUUAACUGCAAUGCCAGCACCAUGUGCAGCAGCUGAACACGAACCCCUUGAGCAACUGGAAUUUAAUGAGAACUCUGAACCUGAGGUGUCAAAUGAUGCUGAGCAAAAGCUUCUCAAUCAAAAAGUGAAAAAGUUAGCAUCCAAAAUUUCGAAGGACGACUUUACUACUAAUGGCAACAUUGUAGUCGGUGAAUACAAUGUGACAAAGUUAGCUCUUCUGGCGGACCGUCUGAAGCGUUAUCGCACCACGAGGACUCUUUCACAGGCAAAAUUGAGUCGAAAAAUCGCUGAAACUACUUCUGGUGGACUCAAAUUUAGCCAGUCAUUUUUGUGCAGGUUUGAGAAGCUUGACGUCACUCUGCGGGCUGCACUGGGAGCCCAACUCUACUUGGAGCAGUGGUUGGAUCAGGUCGAAUUGGAGGAGCAGGAGGCUCUGGGUACCUGUCAGAGGUCGCCCCUCCACUCCAACGAAGCCAUGAUAGAUCUCUUGGACCUCCGUGAAAGGACCGUGAGUGAGGCUGACCUCGAACCUCCAAAGUGUUUCCUUCCUGCUCGCCGCAAUCGCAAGUCCCGAGCAGUUUUUAGUGAGGCUGCCGUCGAACGGAUGAUCCAACACUUUAAGCGUAACUCUAGACCACGAGGAGAAGAACUUUCUCGACUGGCGGACUCGAUUGGUUAUGAAAGGGAGAGUGUAAGGAUUUGGUUUUCCAACCGUCGUUAUCAACUUGGGGUAACGCCAAAGCCAUCAGAAACCGUGAUGGCUUUGGCGUUUCAGAAGCCCGGUGCUAGCGCUGUGCACGGGAAGGCAGAGGUGGGAGGAGCUAUCGAUUUGUUGUCCACCGACGGACAUCAGACCAAUCAGGCGCCCACCAAGCCGCAUUCCGGCGCCACGAAAAGACAGCCACUCAUUCUUCUUCUCUUUUUAACACUAACGUGUGAUGGUGGGCAAAUGGGGGCUCAAGUGUCUACCUAUCUAUAG